AUGGGUGAAAGCUUGCACUCUGCGAAUGCCCAGGCAAUCGAGAAAGGUGCCAUACUGGUUCAGUACAUGACAUACACAUAUCAUCGGACCAAGCACCAUCCCUUGUUCAAUUCUCCUCGUAAUGGAGGUUGGAUUUCUGAACCGCUUCAACUGGAACCCCCUUUGUAUGUGCAUUGCUGUUAA